AUGUUUGACAUAGGGUUUCUGAUAAAGCUCAGUAUAACAGUGUUGGCCUUUGUGCUAGGCACCAACUGGCUUUUGAGCUCAUUUGUGCUGGAUUUCAUGCGUGAUUGGACUCAAGUAGCCCUGAACCAACAGUCGAAUGUCUCUAGUGUUAGAAAAGAGAAAGAAAGUGCACAUUAUAGAAAUUUCCUGAUCCCAUUGGGGUUUCCGCUAACUACAGGAUUGAGCUUAUCACUUGGCUACAAGAGCAGAAAUGGGAACGUCUGUGAUAUAUGGAAUGCGGUCAUGGAAGUUGGGGAGGGACAAAACACAAUACAAUUGUAUAACGAAAAUGGCCAGUUAGAGAAGUUUUCACUUUCAAGACUCAAUGGUUUAGUGAAAAAGAUACUGCAGUUGGAGGGUAUUGAGAAGUGCAGACGAAUUGGUAUUACAGUCCCAAUAAAUACAAUUCAAGGGUUUGUAUUGACCAUUGCCGGUAUGGUUAGAUCAGUUACCCAUUCGGCUCCAAUUCAGAUGUUAUCAUCUGUUCCAAGAAGUAAGAUUGAUGGUCUUGAUAUUAUUGUAAUUCCUACCUGGAAAUCAUACACUAGACUAAAUGGUAGUGAGAACUGGUAUAGCAAGAUCCUUAUACUGGAAAAGGAACCAAUGAUCGAAAAUAUACCUGCCAAUGUAAUAUUUUGGGACGAUUUGGUUAAUGGAUCACUUACCGAUAGUGAAUUUGAUUAUACUUGCCCUGAAGAUAUGUCUGACGACAAAAAAGACCUGAUGUAUGUGACUUCUCCUCAAAAUCAAACUAACAGAUUCUCUCAAAUGAAUUUAGUAAGCACAGUGGCAUCUUGUAUAAAAGGAUUUCCAGUCGAUCAUAGCUUAAGCGAAAAAGACAAUUUAUUAGUUGGCGCGCAACAAUCAAAGCCUUUGGAAAGUUUGUCAGUCUGGCCUAAACUUUUUGCAGUAUUACUUCAUGGUGGAUCCGUAUCCUUUUUGAAAGUCACUGACACUAAUUUAAACAACUUAGAUGGUGUUACAUUGGCAUCAUUAUCAAGACAGGAAAUUGAAAUUCUUCACCGGGAAAUUUUAUCUAAUAACACUUCUAUUUUUGAUAGAAUAAAGAAAAAAUGGGCAGAAACUCUGUUCAGUGAAGGUAUAUUUACACAAUUUGCAAAAAAAAAGAUUUCCAGCAUCAAGAAUAUGAGAUGCAUCUACGUUGUAAAUGAAUUACUGAACGCCGAUAUAAUCUCCUCCCUUGACUCUAGUAAAAUAGAAUCAUAUGACACCGCAACAGUGGGCAAUGUUCUAAGCAGUAAGUUAUUGGGGGAUAUUAGAAGUGAGUUUGGAUGUCGGGUUGUCCAGGAACUUGUUUGUCCAUAUAUGUUGAUGGGAAUUAUUUCUGGUACUAACUACUAUGACUAUAGAGUGUUUCCUGAAAAUGUAGAUAAAUUGUUGGCCUGCUUUGGAACAUUGGAGACUAACUUAGAAGCAAAAAUGGUAGAGGUCAUUUCAAAGAAAAAACUAGAUGUAACAAAACGACAAGGUAUGUUAUGCAUAAGAGGCUACAGUAUAGGUAAACCUUUAGAUGAAGAAAGGUUAAACCAUGCACUGCAAUUGAGCGAUACUGUUGGGGGCGCUGAUGGUUGGAUGCCACUUAUUGGCGUAUUUGGCUUAUUUGGAACUGAUGGUUGCUUGUAUAUUUAUAAAUGA